UUGAUCAUUUUUUUCAUCUCAAGCGUUCUUUCUUCUUCUCUCUACCACUUCUUGUUCUAAAGCUAACUUGCUUCUGUUUAUCAUAUUAUUAGUAGUUCAGUUACACUUUCCUUGGAGUUCAAAUGGCCUCUGUUGAGGUUGUAUCAGCAAAGACAGCUCUUCCAAGUGAGGCAACUGAGGAAUCAAUCAAGGUACAGGAGACUAAGACAACAGAGGAGGUAGUGACUGCACCACCUGCACCAGAGCCAACCAAAGAAGAGCCAGCAAAGGAAGCAGAAGAGACUGUGGCUAAAGUGUCUGAGGCAGUCGUGGCCCCAGAACCUGAACCUGAAGCCCCAGCCAAAGUUGAGACUAAAGAGGUAGUAGAAGAGGCCAAGGUUGUGACUGAGGAGGAGCCAAAAGUAGUUGAGAAAACUGAAGAGGAGGAGGCCCCCAAGGAAGUACCUGAGGCUGUUGUUGAAGACACAAAAGAAGCUACUACUGAUGAAGCCCCUGUAGCACCAGAACCAGAACCAAAGCCAGAAGCAGAAGCAGAAGCAGAAGCAGAAGCAAAACCAGCACCAGAAACUGAAGUUCCAAAAGAGGAGGCUGUUAAGGAAGAAGAAAAGAAGGCAGUUGAAACUGAGGAGAAAGUUGAUACAGAAGUCCCUGUGGAGAAGGCUGAGUAAUAAGGCCAAUGAUGACUUGUGAGCAUUGGCCAAAGUUUGUGAGUUGUGACUUUGUCUUAGUGGGUAUCUUUAGAUUGCAUUGUCAAGUACUUCAAUGAGGCUCUUCUCUUGCUGUUUAGUGGUCUAAUAAGGAUGACUUAGGUAUGGAUGUAUGACCCACUUGGAUCUCACAAAUACCCACUUGCCACGUGGCUGACAUGCAUCGGCUCCUGUAGCUAGCUAGGAGAAAAAUGUUUGACGGAUGAUCAAGUUUGCUACGUGGGGAGUGUGGUUGUGGGUUCCAAGCAGGGUGAUGAAUCCUAUUUAUAUAUAUGUAAGGUUUAUGUAUGUUCAUUACAAGAUGCAAUUGGUUUGAAUAAAAUUAUAUGAUAAUUACUACUUUCUUUGUAUGA